AUGGACGAGCUAACGAUGCGAGCGACAACACAUCGGGAUCGAGAGCAUCGGCGGCAGCCGGGGGGCUUCCCAACUUGUCGUUGCUCGACAGGGAGAGGGAGGAGGAGGAGGAGGUUGCCCACAGCAGCAGCAGCAGCAGCAACAUCAGUGUCGUUGUUUCUGUCAGCGCUGUUGCUGGACGCGGCGGUUGCGGCAGGGGAUUGGUGGAAACCGGGGCCUGGCGUGAGCUGGCAGAUGCAGCUGGCGGGCGAGAUCGACCUCUCGGUAGACGUUGAUAUGUACAACAUCGACCUUUUUGACGCUGCGACCAGCGAAAUAGAGGAGCUUCGGGAUAGGGACGUCGUUGUUAUCUGCUCGUUUUCGGCGGGAACUUUCGAGGAGGGUAGGCUCGAUUCAGACGAUUUCGAGUCGGACUGGUUGGGGGGCGGGGUGGAGGACGGGUUCGAAGGCGAGAGAUGGCUCAACAUCACGGCUGAGGGAGUGCUUACGGUGAUGACAGCAAGGCUGGACUUGGCUACGAACAAGAGCUGCCAGGGGGUGGAGCCCAGCAACGUUCAGGUGUACUUGAAUGAAAACUCUGGCUUUAACAUCACCGCAAGCGAUCAGCUGACGUACAACACGUGGCUGGCGGGGCAGGCGCAUGAUCGAAAUUUGUCGGUCGGGCUCCGGAACGAUUGGCUGCAGCUGGACGACCUGGAGCCGUCCUUCGACUGGGCCUUGAGUGAAGACUGUCUUUUCCAGGGGGAGUGCGGGCUUUUCUCGGUGAAGUUUUAA